AUGGAAGAGGAAGCGGCCGAAGACUGGCCGGCGGAGGCCGUCGAGGCGGAGGCGCCGGGCCGGGAGACCUCCUCCUCCACGGCCCUGGAGGUGGAAGAGGACAUCAUCCGGCCGCCAUCCACGGCCACCGAGGGCGACGACGACGAGGAGACCGUCCUGCCGCGGUCCAGCACCCUGGACGGGCCGGAGGGCUCGAGCGGCGGCGGCGGCACCACCUCGCUCCCCAGCUCGGAGGGCACGGACUCCGGGUCGGAGCGCCCGCGGGCGCAAGGCUACGUGGGGAGGCCCAUCGUCCCCGCGGAGAAGGCCGAACUGGUGUCCGUGGCCAAAGCGAUGCACCGGGAGGACUUUGGCAAAAACGUCAAGGCGCUCUUCCACCUGGAGAAGCAGGCGGCCCUGAAGUCCAUGGAGACAGGCCUCUACAUUGGCUGGCGCUGCCCUGAGUACCUGUGGGACUGUUUCCGUGUGGGUGACGAGUCCAAGUGCUUCUGUGGGCAUCUGCUGAAGCGGCAUCAGGUCUGUGUGGAGAGGCGGGCAACUGUGCCCUGCACCCAGCCAGAGUGCAAAUGCCAGUCCUUCACCUUUGUCCCAUCGCGCCCAGAGGAAGUGGGUGAAUUCUGGCUGCAGAGAAGAACCGGCUUUGAGGCAGCUGCUUGGCGAGCCAAAUGUCGGUGCAAACACACUCAUGAGGAGCACACGCCAACUGGAGCUCGUGCCUGCUGUGCCCGAGGCUGCUCCUGCAUGGCCUUCGCCUCCAACUUCCUCUGUGCAGCCUGCGACCGGCGCUGGGAGGAGCACGAGACUUUCUUUGAAUCUGAGGAGACGCGCCGCAAGGGUGGCCGGCCAUGCGGAGAAGCCUACCUGCCGUUUGCUGAGAUGCCCGACCUGCGCGAUGCCGUGCUGACCGGGGCCCCUGUGGUGAACCACCCGUCCCGCUGGGCUCUGCCGGGGCAGGAGCCCCCGGCCCGGCCGUCCCCUCCGUCUCACCCGCUCUGCCUCUUCCCCCCUCAGGGCCCCGGAGGCUCGUGGAGGAGAAAGACGACAAGAAGGCCUGAGGACGGCCGACAGAGAAGCCGCCCCUGCCGGAGGCAAUAAAGACCGCUGGCGGUCCCUCGCGGGACCCCCGUGU